AUGAGAGAUCCAGACUCCGCAAUCAUCAUUGUUGCACUCGCAACUCCAAGACCUACCAAACACGGAUGUCAAGCUACACCCGUUCCGAUUCUGGAUAUUCCUGAAAAACGUCAAGAUGAUGGUAGCUUGUAUGGGAGAAAACUUUCAUUUGAUGAUCAAAUCACACCAAUCCUGGAGAGACUUAACGACGAGCACGAGAUUGGUACUUGUGCAACUCACCCUUCAAUCUGCUGCUAUGUUCAAGAACCACAAGGCUGGCAUUUUGACUUGAACUCCAAUAGAAUGAAAGUUUGGGCGAAUUCCAUUCUGCCAGCUUCGCAAGCAAACCUCGUAUGGGCGGAUUCCCAUUGGCAGCAAUUUCUUCAACCCUAA